AGGGAAAUUUUCGAGAAAAUACCGCCAAGAUAUCUACAUGAAAAUCAUCAGACAGCUUUAUUUAACUAUCUUGAAAUACCUAGUCGUCGAUUGUGAUUUUUUACUAAACUGAGUUAAAAACGCCACCCCAGUCAAACGCGAAACACAGUUCGCACAAUGAACACGUACUUGCAGCGAUGCCGAAGCGCUUUAAAAGAUGCUAUAAGCAAAAUUGCAGUCAUUGGCAAUGAAAGUUGCGAUUUGGAUUCAGCAGUAAGUUCGAUUGCUUUUGCAUUUCAUUUGCAACACGUGCCAACACUAUUAAGCACCUGGUAUCGGAAAGAUAGUACCAUAGUGUUUCCGGUUCUGAAUGUUACUCGUGCCGAGCUACCGCUGAAAACCGAAGUAACAUUCUUCGUUAGGCGACAUGGAAUUGCACUCGACGAUUUGAUAUGCCGGGAUGAGAUCGAUUGGAACGUGGAAAAACAAGCGUUAAGUGUUAUUCUCGUAGAUCAUCACGUCACGAAACUGGAACAUAACGUUGUGGGGAUCGUUGAUCAUCGGCCCAUCGAAUCCAAUGCUCAGUUCAAUUCAAAUGCUUUCAAAACGAUCGAGCUUGUCGGGUCAUGUGCAACGUUAAUUGGUCGAGACAUAUUCAGCCAAAGAACAUUAGCAGAAUUACCGGAAGGAUACAACGUUGCGAUGGAUUUGCUAUAUGGGGCCAUCGUGUUAGAUACGGUUAACUUUUCCAAACAAGCCGAUAAGGCGAAACCGCUCGAUCACGAAAUUGCAGCAAAAAUUGAAACAUACCGAAAUAUAUCGGAAGACAAUCGACUAGCACACAGAGAGCAACUGUUUCAGUCGCUCGUGCAGGCGCGUAGCGAUGUGUCCGAACUGAACGCAUAUCAAUUGCUGCUAAAAGAUUUGAAAAUCAUAGCGCAAAACGAUCGGAUCGUGUCGGUACCAGGGUUUCCAAUGGCAGUACAAGAGUAUAUAAAGCUACCAGAUCAGAUGGAACAUCUGUUUCGAUUUGCCAACAACACCGCUAGUAACGUUGUGAUACUGCUUGGACUAAAGGUACUUCCAGAUGGGAACGUGCGUCGCGACAUUGGCAUUAUUCCAAUCGAUGAUGAAAGAUUAGCAGAACAGAUUGUUACAGCUCUCCAAGCGCGUAAGGAGAUGAAUUUUGAGCUUGAAGAAUUAUCUACAUCGGAUCGGAAAGGCAAGUUUUUUCAACAACACAAUUUGAAAGCAUCACGAAAACAAUUGAUGCCGAUCAUCAAGAAUGUGCUUAGCACGCUCUAGUGUUACAGAAAAGGAUGGUAUUAAAUUAUUGACUUGAUUAUUACAACAGUUA